AUGGAGGCAAGUAGAUCACAAAUUUCUGCAGUUGAUGAGAGCGAGGAGGUAACGUAUACUUCUGUCAGAUUCUCUCAGACUCCUCCUCCAAGGCCGAAAGCUCCACAGGAGAAAAGAGCUCCCCGUCUGUGGUCAGCAGUUCUGAAAGGGUUGGCCAUAGGCUUUGGCACACUGAGCAUCUCCCUGGCAAUUGCUUUGAUUUGGAAGAUGAGUGACGGCCACCCACACUGCCCUCAAGAGUGGGUGGCCUACAGAGGGAGCUGCUACUCCUUCUCCACAGAGAAGAAGGACUGGAAUUCCAGCCGGGAAUUCUGCAGGGCACAAGGAGCUCACCUCCUGGUGAUCAAUGAUACCUUGGAGAUGGAUCUGUUCAAGCAUAUUCAAGCAGAACAUUUCUGGAUUGGACUGAGGAACAGUACAAGCUCUGGAUGGAUUUGGGAGGAUGGCUCUGUAUUAAAUGAUACCAGGGUCCAUGCUAACAGCCGUGUGCAAAGUUGUGCUGUCCUGAUGAAAGAUCAGUUUCGUGCCUCCAGCUGUGAAGUUUUGUUUCAGUGGAUCUGUGAGAAAACACUUAGAUAA